AUGACAAAUUUGGGCCACAAUUGUUCAGCCUUCCCUUUUGAAAACUACAUGGGGUGCUUAAAUAGAAUGUUAAGGAAACCACAUAAACCUUUGAAGCAAGUUGUCAAAAGAUAUAGUGAAAUUUGUUCACUUAAGUCUAACACUAAAACUAAAAAUGAUGCACCUUAUUUUUCUGGACUCCAUACACAUGGUCCUACAUUGUCAAGUUCAAUAAAAGGAAAACAGUUUACCACUUUGGUAUUAAAAAGCAUGACAAUUAAAACACAUCUGGAAAAAGAUUCAUACUUUUUAAUUCAAGAAAAAAAAGUAGUAAAAAUUGUCAACAUAAUUAAGAAAGAAAAUUCAGAAGACGUAAUACUUAUUUGUAAAAUAUUUGACAAAAAAAAUGAGUUAUUUAUCAAACCUAUAAAAUCUAGUAAAUUAGAUAUUUAUGUUGUUAAAAAUUUAAGUUAUAAUUUUCAUGAGUUUAAUAUUAAAGAUAUUAAAAAAAAAAAUGAUUCUGUUACCAUCUAA